AUGGCAGCAGCGUGCGGGGAAAGUGCGGGUGGUGAAAUAAUGGGAGCAGGCGAUGGAGAAAUGUUGAGCGCGGAGGAGACGAGAGAGAUUUAUGGGUUUAAGAGAGGCGAUGGGUACGUAGAGAUGAUGUGCGGAAUCACAACCUCAAAGUUUGGUGAAUAUGGUGGCAUGCUAAGGAUUUUCGCCAACGGUGACCUCCAAAUCACUUGCCAAUGCUUUCACGGCUGCACCGCAGGAACGCUGACACCUGUAGAAUUCCAUAAGCAUUCUGCAAAACAAGACAGAAAGAGUUGGAGAAAACACAUUUGGGUUAUAAUUGGCUCUAACAAGGUUCCUCUAUCCAAGACUAGAUUGCUCAGAUACUAUGAUUCAAAAAUGGUAGCCAAUGGAGGGAUUUGUCACCGCGAUGAAUUUCGUCAGUGCAGUCUGUGCAAGAAAACGCGCAGGUUCAACCGCCGCAACAAGGAGGAGUGUCGGGCGUACCAUGAUGCUUUGUCCAAUGCCGAUUGGAAAUGCUCCGACAUGCCUGCAGCGGCAGCUACUGGUGCUAAUUCAUGCGACCAACGCGAAGAAAGAGCGUGCAGGCGCGAAAUAUACCGAGGAUGUUGGCGCUCCAUGAUUGAUGGGUUUGAGCAGGAGAAGAAAGUUGUGGUUGUUGCUGCAACGAAUAGGAAUUGA